UCGAAACAUUUUAAAAAUCGCUCCACAUUAUCUACUAAGCAGGGUUCUGAUUUCCGCUUCUAUUUCUUUCUUUCUUUUACGAAAUUCGUCGAGAGUAAGUCGACAUGAGUUCACUUAAGUUGCAAAAGAGGCUUGCGGCCUCUGUUAUGCGAUGUGGCAAAAAAAAGGUUUGGCUGGACCCUAAUGAAAUCAACGAAAUUGCUAACACUAAUUCCCGUCAAAAUAUCCGUAAACUCAUUAAGGAUGGUUUGAUUAUCAAAAAACCCGUUGUGGUCCAUUCGCGAUACCGCGUACGCAAGAACACAGAAGCUCGUCGUAAAGGCAGACAUUGCGGGUUCGGUAAACGUAAAGGUACUGCAAAUGCUCGAAUGCCUACAAAGUUUUUGUGGAUGCAGCGUCAACGAGUAUUAAGACGUUUACUAAAGAAAUAUAGAGACAACAAGAAAAUAGAUCGUCAUCUGUAUCAUGAUUUGUAUAUGAAGUGCAAGGGUAAUGUGUUCAAAAACAAACGUGUGUUGAUGGAGUACAUCCACAAGAAGAAGGCUGAGAAACAACGUAGUAAAAUGCUUGCGGAUCAAGCCGAGGCUAGAAGGCAUAAAGUACGUGAAGCAAGAAAACGCCGUGAAGAAAGAAUUGCAGCCAAAAAACAGGAACUUUCUAAAUUGCACGCUAAGGAAGACGAAGUAGCUGCACAAACUGCAACAACUGGCCCAAAAAAAUAAAUAUAUAUGCUGAAACAGUGUAUAUUAAAAUAUUUCAAUUAAAUAAUUUGGUUGUUUGUAAUUUGUUUUCGUAACAAAUACGGCAUUUGUCGCAA